AGGCCAUCACACCGCCAGUCUUGCUCCGACGCCGCGUGAGAGAAGCCCAGCAUCUCAAUCGCGUACUUGUCCGUACAUCCAUCGACCAAGCGGCAGCGCGCUGAACAAUCACCAACAGCCACUCUGGCUUCCGUCGCGAUCCCCCUUCCAAUGGGGACUUCUCUCGAUGCACUGAAUGCGCCCUCCAGCCUGACUCAGCGACGACAGGCUGCUUCAAAUCUUCCAGCAUUCGAAUUACCAACCCUCCAAUUCGCACCUUUGUCCACCCAGAAGUUUCCUCCUCUUUCAGGAAUUCACACCUCUCAUGGAGGACCCGGGCCCGUCAGUGUAGGACAGCUCCUGACACCGCCAUCCAACUCGGCCUCGGAGAGCGCAAACUCAUCUGGCAUGCCAACCGGGACGACUCCCAACAGCUCCGCCGUGCCUGUCCUCCCAUACACACCCACCUUCUUCAACACAGGUACCACUCCGAAUGGGUAUCAUACAGGCUACACUCCGCAGCCGUGGCAGAAUGGGAAUCACUCCUUUCCCCCGCGAUCAAUGUUCUCGCCACUUCCAGGACCCCCAAUGAGACCGGGAACCAAUUCUCCUACGGCUGGAGAAGCAUCGGCACUACCUCCUCCACCAUAUGAUCUCAAUAAUCUCCCUCCUUAUGGCACAGGCCAUUCUUAUUCCUCUCCCAGCAAUGCAACCACCUCUGCCAAUUCACACCACAUCAUGUCCUCUCUGCAUAACAGCGCCCGGCCACCCAGCCAGCAUUCUCCAAUUACUCCUAACGAUGGCAAGCCAGCAAUGUUCGGUAGCAUGACGAGUGCUGCCCAACAACAUCAAUCGGCCUAUGCGUAUUCAUCUCAUACUCCUGUUUCACAGGCUUCGAAUGGCCACUUACUGGUGGCAUCACGCGUCUCCCCUACACUUCAUCAAGGCGGGCUUCCUCCUCACUCCCAGGCUCCAUUCAUGAGGCCUCCCCCUCCUUCAUAUUCGUUGCCAGCCAUGCCUGGCCCCAUCAUGUCCAACAUCCACAGUCCAGGGACACAGAUGGCCAUGGUAGGUAACAUGCAAGGCGGCAUGCUGCCAAUGUCAUUCAACAGCGGAUACGCCGCCAACCCACAAGGCAUGUACGGCCCACCACGGACGAAUUCAUCGCAACAAGCACCCGUCCAUGAUCGGCCUUUCAAAUGUGACCAGUGUCCUCAAAGCUUCAACCGUAACCACGAUUUGAAGCGACACAAGAGGAUUCAUCUUGCCGUCAAACCGUUCCCUUGCAAUUACUGCGACAAGAGCUUUUCGCGGAAAGACGCGCUUAAGCGGCAUAUCCUCGUCAAAGGAUGCGGGACCGGUUCUUCGAACGAGGGCGUGUCCACGGAGGAUGGACCCAAAUCCGAGUCUGGAAGCGACGGUGUCAACGAAAGCCCGGCAGCGGCAAUAGCAGCAUAAUGAACCGGUUCUUGCGGACUUUGACACGCCACCAUUUCUCGUUUGGUGAUUGUACAAUACAUGUGAAAGGCGACAGAUGUGCAGAAGGGGUUUGUUCAUCCAAUUUUGCA